AUGACAAACUAGAGACACAUCUUUAGUGUCUUCCUGCUAUUCCUACAAACAAAGAACAAUACAUGUUGGUAUCAGGUGGUGUUCUGUUGUUUUAGCAAUUUAAAUUAGAUUGAAAUUCAGAUUUUUUAUAGCAAUUUGGUUGGGACAUGCAAAAGUGAUAACAUUAUUGUGUAAAUAGGAUAUUCACAAGGACUUCUCCUUUUUCCAUUAACAAUAGACUUUACAGGGUGUUUUAUAAAGCAGUAUUAAUAAGAUAAUGGCUCGUAGAAAUUUGGAGAAACAUUUACAAGCAGGCAAAUGUAUAGAAAAAGGUAGACCAUGGCCAGAAAAAUUCUCCAAGGUAGAUAUUAUUAAAGAAAUUCCCUUUGACAGUGAGUUAGGUGGAAUCUGGAGUCUACAGUAUUCAUUUGAUGGGGAAACAUUAGCUGUUGGAUACGGCAAUGGUGCCAUAAGGUUAUUUAACGCAACCACAGGAGAACUUCUUAAAGACUUAAGAAAGACUAGAUAUGGAGGUUUCCAGAUAAUGUGUUUGCGUUUCCAUCCUAAGGAGCACCACAUAUUGCUAGCUGGUACAUCUGAAGGCCUUAUAUUCUUAUGUAAUACACAAGAUGGAACAGUCACAGAAAAAAUCACAGAGAAGAAUAAUGAAAUCAACUGUUUAGAUUUUGAUUGUGAGGGUUUUAACUUUGCAACUGCUGGAAAAGAUCUCAACGUUAGAAUUUAUGAUACUAAAACAUUUCAAUUAGACAAAACAUAUGGUGGUUAUGACAGCACACAGAACCCAACAGAGAUAGCAUCAUGUGCCAUGAGAGUUUUCAGCCUGAAAUAUCACCCAGAUAAACCUAAUAUAUUUGUUACUGGUGGAUGGGAAAACCACUUAAAGAUCUGGGAUCACACUACAAAUAAUGGUGUACAAAGAACGAUGCAUGGUCCACAUAUAUGUGGUGAUAGUAUAGAUCUUAAGGAAUGGUCUGUUUUAACUGGUUCCUGGGUUGGACAGAGUGCCCUACAAGAAUGGGACUGGACCUCAGGAAAGUCCAAAGAUAUACCAUUUGAUUUCAAAGGUCACAAUGGUGCUUAUUUAUAUUGUGCUCAGUAUUGUGACAAUGAUGUCGUGAUGGCAGGAGGCAGUGGUACUAACAGUGUUCAGGCAAUAAAUAAAGCAACAGGCGAGAAAAUUGGAGAAGUUCAGAUGAAGAGUGCUGUCCAUGCUUUAGAUACUACAAUGGGAGGAAGAUUAUUUGCAGUUGGUGGAAAGGAAGACAAUUUAGUGCUUGGUCGAUUGUGUUAGAAUCAAUAAUAACUAGGGAUAUUUAUCACAUUUUUUAACUUAGAAGUGACAUUUUAACAUGAAGAUGGUGCAUCAUGAUCAUUGAAGCCUGGCCAUAUCUAUUUAGAGAAUAAGACACAAUUGUGUGUUUUUUGUGCUCAGCUUCACUCACCUUUGACGGUAUAUUUGUUAAUGGUGUAUGUUACUGCUCAGCUUUACUUGGUUUCAUCGAGAUUAGUAGUCCAUAGCCUGAUGUUACGUGUUUUUUGCAAGGAAUUGUAGAGGACUACAAAACAUUUGUUUUACCUUGAAUUGAAUUAAGAUCUCGAUGUUGAUUUUUUUUAAUUUACAAUCUAAAGGACUGAUGUAUUUUGAACAGUACUCUAUCCAUUGAUGUUAGAUGUAUGAAAAAACAGCUUUUUCACCCUGUUCAUUCUCAUUGAUAAAUUCCGUCCAUUCUCUGGUAUCUAUGAUAUGCUAC